UGUUACAUCUUGAAGAACAGACUAACAGGGUUGCUAACUCGAGGCUGUUUCCUGUCUGUGGAGCAAUCAUUGAUGAGCUGUCACUCCAAUGCUGAGGCAGGCUACUUCAAGUGCUGCCAGGGACACAUGUGUAACCUCAACAUGACGGUGGAACCACCCUUGGGGACAGAUAUAGGUCAUUUGAUGCUGACACUGUUGAUCACAGCAUCAGUUGCAUUGUCAGCCUGCGUGAUCAUCGUGGCCUCAGUUUACCUGCUACACAGACACAUUCGAAGACAGAAGUCAGAUAGGCUGUUGCUGACCCCAGAGGUCAAACUACUUGAUGACGACAGCUUGUACCGCAGCUUCCAUGAUGGCUCAAAACAGGAUCAGUGGUCAUCGGGUAGUGGGUCAGGCCAGCCAACUUUAGUUCCACGGACUGUCGGGAAGCAGGUCACCCUCCUUGAAAGGAUCGGCAAAGGCAGAUUUGGAGAAGUGUGGCGAGGAAAGUGGCUGGAUGAGGAUGUUGCCGUGAAGACGUUCUCGUCGCUGGAUGAGAUCAGCUGGAAGCAGGAGACAGAUAUUUAUAACACAGGAAUGUUGCAUCAUGAGAACAUUCUCGGCUACUACGCUUCUGACACUGUGGGCAUACUCUCCUGCACGCAGAACUGGCUUAUCUUGCAAUAUCAUCGUAACGGCUCAUUAUACGAUUAUCUUCAGCAAAGUGAUAUUGACAUUGAGGAGAUGCUGCUGCUGGCUCAUUCAGCGGCUGCAGGCCUGGCACAUCUGCACACGGAGAUCAAAGAGGGAACAGGCAAACACGAGAAGCCAGCGAUUGCUCAUAGAGACAUCAAAUCCAAAAAUAUCCUGGUCAAGGACAAUGGACAGUGUUGUAUUGGUGACCUUGGCCAUGCUGUCAGGAACAGUCAUCUAACCUCGGAUACAGAGGCUGGUCGACUGCUGGUGGGCACAAAGCGCUACAUGGCCCCCGAAGUUCUUGCCGAAACUCUAAACACUGAAUCAUUCGAGUCCUUCAAGUGUGUGGAUGUGUACGCGUUUGGUCUGGUGCUGUGGGAGAUAGCAAGAAGGGCAAGACCAUUUGCCGAGGAGUACCGAAUUCCAUUUUGGGAUCUAGUGCCUGCAGACCCAAGUUUUGAAGACAUGAAAAGAGUUGUAGUCCUUGAGAAACAGAGACCGCCUAUUCCCAACAGAUGGUCCCAAGAUCCACUCAUGUGUGAAGUUGCUAAACUAACGUCUGGCUGCUGGUCGCACAACCCCAAAGUCCGGCUAACACUUCUUCGAGUUAAAAAGAACUUGUACAGUCUGCUCAAGUCCACAAGCGGGCAUCACGUGGAGAAGAUGGAGAAGCUCUCUCCCAGAUUUCUCGAUGGCAGCAGCAGAAGUAGCUCAGGGAACAGUUCCUGCAAUUUUAGUGGCCAUUUAUAG